AUGAAAGUGUGCAUUAGGCUUGGAAAAUUUGAAGUUGUGGAGAGUGUUUAUGACUGGUUUAGACAAUCUGGGCAUGAUCCAAGUGUUGUUAUGUACACAACUCUGAUUCAUAGCCGCUAUUCAGAGAAGAAAUACAGGGAGGCCUUGGCUGUGGUUUGGGAAAUGGAGGCUUCAAAUUGUUCCUUUGAUUUUCCAGCUUAUCGUGUGGCAGUAAAGCUUUUUGUUGCUCUGAAUGAUCUUCCAAGGGCUGUAAGAUAUAUUUCCAAGCUUAAGGAAGCAGGUUUCUCUCCGACAUAUGAUGUCUACCGGGACUUGAUUAAAAUGUACAUGGUUUCUGGGAGGCUGGCAAAGUGUAGGGAUGUAUGCAAUGAGGUAGAGAUAGCAGGAUUCAAGUUAGAUAAAGAAACAAUGUCACAGUUGUUGCAAUUAGAAAUGAAUACCAUCAGAAGCCAGACUUCAAAUCCCGUCUCCCCUUUUGAACUGAGUGAAGGUGGAGAAGUGAAUAAUGCUGAAAAUUCCAAGUCUCACAAUGAAGAUGGGAUUUCCGAGCCAUACGUAGGUAUGGAAUUUAAUUCUGAAGAGGCUGCCAAGACUUUCUGUGAUGGAUACGCCAGACGUUUGGGUUUUAGCCCUAAAGUUGGUCAAUCUAGUCGUUCUAAACCUGAUGGGCAACCAGUGCUCGGGAAUUUUUAUGUGGCAGAGAGGGUUUGA